GUUGCAUUGUUCCCGCUCAGUUAGUGUCUGCGCGAGACAGGGGUCGCCUCCGGGCGGGGCGGAAACUGGCAGGUCUUCAACAGAACAUGUGAAGUUAACUCGAAAGUUGCUCAAUUUACUACUAUCUAAUUAUUCAAAAUGGGGAAGCUGGUUGUCAUAUCACUUUUUGUUGCUGCUUUAUCAGCAUUUCUUGGAGAGAGAAUUAUUAACUUAAGGAAAAGGACUCUUGCUUCCAGAAAGCUUGUCCAAACCCACCUCCCAAACUGCCAUCCAAUCAAAAGCCUUGAGUACGGAUCAGAGGACCUCACAAUACUUCCCAAUGGACUUGCUAUUAUUAGCACUGGCUUGAAGGAUCCUGUAUUGCCGUCCUAUUCAGAUGACCCUGGAAAGAUGUACACCCUUGAUAUGAGUGAAGAUUCUAGGAUGAAACCAGUGGAGCUCCGCAUGGGGAGAGGCUUUGACCUGGAUUCCUUCAAUCCACAUGGAAUCAGUGUAUACACAGAUGAGACGGAUAACUCAGUAUACCUGUUUGUGGUCAAUCACCCUCAACAGAAAACACAAGUGGAGAUCUUUCUGUUUGUUGAGGAGGACCACUCCCUUGUCUAUGUGAAAACCAUAAAGCAUGAAUUCCUUCACAGUGUGAAUGACAUUGUGGCUGUGGGAGUGGAGAGCUUCUAUGCCACCAACGAUCACUAUUUCAGUGGAGGCACUCUGAAUACUCUGGAGGUACUUCUGGCUCAGCCCUGGUCUAACGUUGUGUAUUACAGCCCUGAAGAGGUCAAAGUAGUGGCUGAGGGAUUCUACAUGGCCAAUGGCAUCAACAUCUCACCUGACAAAAGGCACAUAUAUGUGGCUGACUUAUUUGACCACAACAUACAUGUUUUGGAGCGACUGGAAAGCAAUGGUUUGGCCCCAGUGAAGGUCGUGGAAGUGGGCUCUCUUGUAGACAACAUUUAUGUUGACCCUGAGACUGGCGACUUGUGGAUAGGUUGUCACCCUAAUGGCUGGAAACUAUUUCGAAAUGAUCCUGAGGAUCUUCCUGGAUCUGAGGUGAUUCAGAUUAAAGACAUCCACUCUGAGAAGCCAGUGGUGACUCAGGUCUAUGCUGAUGAUGGCAGUGUGCUCAUAGGAUCCUCUGUAGCAGCUCCCUACGGAGGAAAGCUUCUCAUUGGAACAAUCUACCAGAAAGCCUUGGUCUGUGAUCUAGCCAUGGUAGACCAGUAGCCAAUGCUCUGUAGAAAACAGGCUUCCGACGUGGGUUGUGGUUGGAAGAGUGCAAGUGUGCAACAUACUGAAUGUUGCAGAUGGAAAUGCAAUGAAUAGAGUUAACAAGAUUCCUUACUCUAUAUGACAGGGAGGAAUGUCUGUUCUGCAUAAUAUAUAUCUAGCUGAAAGUUCCUCAAUGUUGUGCCGUACUGAAUUCUGCCGUGGCCUGUGGGGUUCAACUUGCCAAGUAAAAAAAAUAUUUUAAAGUUCAUUCAUUGCACGCUCUGUCUAAUCACAGGAAGUUAGAUUUGCAAUAAAGUUGACAAAAUGAUAUGUCAAAGAUAACGCUGGUGCACUGAACAAGACCUGUAACGAUACAUAGUAAUGUUGCAAGUGCCACAUUGUAUAAAAGUUGAUAAAUGACAGGAGAAAUGACUUGAUAAGAAUAAUCUGACUGUUAAGGACCCUUUAAAAAAAUGUUGGGCCUAAAAUGACAUUCCCAAAUAUAACUGCCUGUAGCUCAGGACCUGAAGCAAGGAUAUGCAUAUUAUUGAUACCAUUUGAAAGGAAACACUUUGAAGUGUUUGUGAUGUGAAAUUGAUGUAGGAGAAUAUAACACAUUAGAUCUGGUAAAAGAUCAUACAAAGGGGGGAAGAAGAAGACAAAUCCCCCCCCCAUCUUUGAAAUGCAAUAGAAAGGCUAAUAUCUCACUUAGGAGUCUAGGUGCAAUUCGUGUAUGUACAACGUUUUAGACUGAUCCAAUGAACCGUUGCAUUACUGUUCAAAAUGUUGUUUCAAGUCUGCCCAAAUGUGCCGAAUUGGUCAAAUGACACAAGUACAUAACUAUAGAGAACAUACAAAAAUGAUAUGGUAAUAAAACAUGUAAGUUUACACACUUCUAGGAAUGUCAUAAAUUAUGGAUAAUUAGCUUCCCUACAGAAAAGACACCAACCUUCACACAUCUAGAUGUGAUGUUUUUAAUAUAAAAAUGGAUUUUAUCAAACAAAACUAAGCUACAUUUUAUCUCUGGAUGACAAAUCAGAGCAAGAUUCUGAAUGUAAGUACAUUAUUUACCUUCAGAGGUGAAUAUAUCAAACCAGUUGCUGUGAUAAAAAUGUUUUUGUUGUUGUGCACUCUCCUCAAACAAUAGCAUGGUAUUUUUUCACUGUAAUAGCUACUGUAAAUUGGAUAGUGCAGUUAGAUUAACAAGAAUUUAAGCUUUCUGCCCAUAUAAGACAUGUCUAUGUCCUGGGAAAUGUUCUUGUUACUAAUGAAGAGGGUUAAACCAAGGCCUUAUAUCUUUUAAAGGGUUAAUAAAUUAUGUUAUGAUAAACUGUAAGGUCUCCUCUUCAGGAUGAGUGAUGUGACCUUCAGACAUCAGAAGGCGUCUACAUUCAGACUCCUCCUGUCUGGAUCCCACCGUGGUUAUCUGGUUUUCUGAGAACACAAGGCUGUCACAGACCUGAUAAAACCAGCCACCUAUCAGAAGAUGCUUACACUCGUUCAUACUUGUGAUGACAGGUCAAGUUUCGGUUAAACCCACUUCUGAGCUUUUAAUUGCUGAUAAGAUGGUUACUGCUGUCAGAGGGAGGUUAGAUUUAUUAAAAUGUUGUUGCCAGGGAAACUCACGCAAGGAGGACUGGGAGAGGCUCUAUGAGUUGCAGGAUGUCUUACACAUUUUGCAGAACUUGGGGAGAACUAUCAUGUACUGCUAUACUGUACUCUGUACUAACUUCUGCCUACAAUUGUUACUAAAAUGAGUAUUUUAAUACUUAAA